AUGACCGACAACGCUUCUCACAGGCUUGAUCUUCGUGUCGGCGGCAAGUAUAGACUUGGCAAAAAGAUUGGCUCUGGCUCUUUCGGUGAUGUCUACCUCGGUAUCAACAUCAUCUCUGGCGAGGAAGUCGCCAUCAAGCUCGAGUCCGUCAAGGCCAAACACCCUCAGCUCGAAUAUGAGGCCAAGGUCCUCAAGACCCUCGCGGGCGGUGUUGGCGUAACCUUCGUGCGGUGGUUCGGCACUGAGUGCGAUUACAACGGCAUGGUCAUCGAUUUGCUCGGUCCCUCCCUCGAGGAUCUCUUCAACUUCUGCAACCGGAAGUUCAGCCUGAAGACCGUCCUCCUCUUGGCCGAUCAGCUCAUCUCCCGCAUCGAGUACGUGCACUCGCGCAACUUCAUCCAUCGCGACAUCAAGCCCGACAACUUCCUGAUGGGCAUUGGCAAGCGCGGCAACCAGGUCAACAUCAUUGACUUUGGUCUCGCUAAAAAGUUUCGCGACCCCAAGACGCACUUGCACAUCCCGUACAGGGAGAACAAGAACCUGACGGGCACUGCUCGUUACACCUCGAUCAACACACACUUGGGUGUUGAGCAGGCUCGCCGCGAUGACCUCGAGUCGCUCGCGUACGUCCUCAUGUACUUCCUCCGUGGCGCGCUGCCGUGGCAGGGCCUCAAAGCUGCCACCAAGAAGCAGAAGUACGACCGUAUCAUGGAGAAGAAGAUGACGACGCCCACCGACCUGCUCUGCCGUGGCUUCCCCAACGAGUUUGGCAUCUUCCUCAACUACACUCGCGCGCUGCGCUUCGACGACAAGCCUGACUACUCGUACCUCCGCAAGCUCUUCCGCGACCUCUUCGUUCGCGAGGGCUACCAGUACGACUACGUCUUCGACUGGAGCGUCCAGCGUGCCCAGGAUGAGAGCAGUGGCAAGAGUGGCACCCGCCGCAAGGUCGUCCAGGAGGACGACGAGCACCGCGCGCCCGACCGCAUGUGGGCUUCGCUCUCAGACGCGUCAGGCUCAGCAGACCCCGGGUGCCGUCGGCCAGCAGCGCGCCGGUCGUGGACGUGA